AUGGAGGCGAACGACCAGAAAAAUAUGGAGAAUGAGCCCCAGCACAUCGAAACGUCAGGCCAGACAAUCACAUGGACAGAGGAAGAGGAGAAAGCUCUUGUCAAGAAGAUCGACCUAUUCCUGAUGCCGACCAUUUGGCUGAUGUACCUUUUGUCAUACAUGGACCGAACCAAUAUUGGAAAUGCCAAGAUCGCAGGAAUGGCUGACGAUAUUGGCCUCUCGUCGUCUCAAUACAGCAUCGUCUUGGUCGUGUUCUUCAUUGGCUACGUUCUCUUCGAACCUCCUUCCAACAUGAUCCUCGUCCGAACCCGACCGUCGCUAUAUCUUCCUUUCAUAAUGGCUCUCUGGGGCGUCCUCACAUGCAUUAUGUCAGUCGUCAAGGAAUACCAUCACCUCAUCGUGCUUCGCGUCUUUGUUGGAAUAAUGGAGAGUGGUUUCGCUCCCGGCAUCCUUCUCAUCAUCUCUUCCUGGUAUCGACGCGGAGAACAAUCGAGGCGUUUUGCCGUUUUUAUGUCUGCGGCAAUUCUUUCCGGGGCAUUUGGCGGGUUGCUUGCUGGUGCGAUCACGAGUGGCCUGGAAGGGGCACACGGGAUCCGGGGGUGGAGGUGGCUCUUCAUCGUGGAAGGUGUUGCCACAAUUGGAUGGGCCGGCAUCUCGGCCUUCAUCUUGCUAGACUUUCCUGCAACUUCAACGAGACUGACACCCAGAGAGAGAGAGAUUGCGGUCGCGAGGUUGCAAGAAGACAAUGUGACUGUUCGAAACGCCGAUGAGAAGCUCGGUAAAGGGAAGUCUUUCAUGUUGGCCCUGAGAGAUUGGAGAACAUGGGGGUUCAUCUUUGGCUACAUGGUGAUUGUCGGCUCUUCUACACUCUCCUAUUUCUAUCCGACUCUUGUCCAUGGACUUGGCUUUACGUCAACGGUCCAGGCUCAGUACAUGACGGUCCCCAUCUACGCAUUCGCUUUCGUCUGCACGGCAAUUACCGGCUACUUCGGCGACAAAAUACCCGAUCAUCGCGGACUGGUCAUCGCUGCCUGGCUCGCAUUCAGCAUGAUCACCUCGAUCAUUGUCUGCGUGGUGUACAACUUUACGGCGCGAUACAUACUGCUUGUUCUCAUGGCCGCUGGAUUGUGGGCAUCUAACGCUAUGUCUCUGUCCUUUGCCAGCUCAACGUUCGGAAGCAUGGACGCAGAGGUUCGUGCGAUUGCGCUGGCACUGAUGAAUGCUCUCGGAAAUUUGGCGCAAAUCUAUGGCGCAUAUCUCUUCCCUACUGACGAUGCUCCGAAAUAUCUCAUGGGUUUCGGCGUCAUUUCCGGCAUGUUGGGCUUUGGUACGGUUGUUUAUGUAAUUAUGCACAUCCUGGUCAGACGUUGGAAGCCUUGA